GUGCAAGGCAUGACGCGCAUGCGCAGCUCGCCAAGCAGUUUUGGUUACACGAGUUUACGUUGUCUUUACGUCUCUGUACAACCCUGCAGAAGCAGAAUAACUACUAUACAUUAUACUCUUGGAUACAUUAUACCAAGCUGAUCAGCACAGCGGUUGUAGUGGCCAGAAGGCGUGCGAUUCAAACAACAUGCCGCUGUAAACCUGUGUCCACUGGAAGCUAGUGGUGGCGCAGCUGUGCUAUGUGCUAAUGUUAUGGGACUGAACCGCAGGAAAACGCCGCCUGUGAUUGACAGCCUACUCUCUGCGUUGCGUUACACAUUCAGUGUGGUUGCUCGUGGAAUGGGGCAGUGGAAACUUUGGUUGGUUUAAUUUGCAACAACAAGUGCAGAGGAAGCAGGCGGCAACGCUCCAGGCCUUCGGUCACGUCGCACACGACUUCGGUGACCGACAUUAACAGUAUAACAUGGGGACCUGAAGUGAAUUCAGGAUAAACAAUAUUUAGCCGCGAAAUUUUGGACUUUGUUCUUGAAAAUGGCCGGUUUUACGGAUUUGCGGGAAAAGCUGAAGUCGAUGACACCGCACAGGGACACAGUUUUCGAGCACAGCAACGGCGAGAAGCGCAAAUACCGCGAGUCGGAUGACGAUGAGAGCGAGUACGAGGAGCGGCGGGACGCGGAGGCGCGCAAAGUGAAGAGCGGCAUUAAGCAAGCGAGUAUUUUCACGCAGGAGGAGUGCGCGCUUAUCGAGGCAAAGAUAGAUGAGGUGGUUGCCAAGGGGGACAAGGGGCUCUACCGGGAGCACACGGUGGACCGGGCGCCCCUGCGGAACAAGUACUUCUUCGGAGAGGGCUACACAUACGGCUCGCAGCUUGAGAAGCGCGGCCCCGGGCAGGAGCGGCUGUACUCCAAAGGCGAGGUGGACGAGAUCCCGGACUGGGUGCACGAGCUGGUCAUCGAUCGCCUCGUGACGCACGGCGUCAUACCGGAGGGCUUCGUUAAUAGCGCCGUGAUCAAUGACUACCAACCCGGGGGCUGCAUCGUGUCCCACGUGGACCCCAUCCACAUUUUCGAGCGGCCGAUUGUGUCCGUGUCGUUCUUCAGCGAUAGCGCGCUCUGCUUCGGCUGUAAGUUCCAGUUCAAGCCCAUCCGCGUGUCCGAGCCCGUGCUCUACCUGCCCGUGAGGCGCGGCAGCGUCACCGUCCUCAGUGGCUACGCAGCCGAUGACAUCACGCAUUGCAUCCGCCCACAGGACAUCAAGGAGAGGAGAGCUGUCAUCAUUCUGAGAAAAACAAGGCCGGAUGCCCCUCGCUUAGACUCCAAUUCACGGAGCCCAUCCAUCCACUCUUCUGAGAGAAGACACAUACUCAAAGCCAAACGCUCACACCGCAAGGCUGACCCAGAUGCUGCACACAGGCCUCGUAUUUUAGAGAUGGACAAAGAGCUGCAGAGGCGUUCCCUCUCCUCCCGACAGAGACGUCACGGCGACAGCAGUUCAGAGAACUCCUGGAGGAGAGCUGAAGAUAGAGAGCCGGGCUCCCGCUACACACACGACCACGCACCCACGCGACGAGUCAAAAUGAGACGUCAUUGAGACGCGAUCAGAACUCACUGCUUCUCUCCUCUGACGUCUUUUCGUUUGCUCAAGGAGAUGGAAAGCGAACAGAGUGACUCAGUAGAAGAGAUGCUUCUGGAGUGGGUGGCCUCAAGGACGUUUGACGCUGGCUGCUUUACUUAUUAAAAGGCUUGAUCUAUCUAUUCAGACAUAUCAGACAGAUCCACUAUAUUUUGUUCUGUGUGAUUUAAAGGAAAUGUAUGGAAUAAAAAGACAUCUAAACUGACUAGUGGAAUUCAAUCAUAAUUCAACAGUUCAUGUGCCAGUGUUAUGCAUAUAUAGCUCAUUUACAUAACAAUAUCAAAUACAAAUAUGUAUUGGUCCACUUUUUCAAAGGUAGGUUUUUGAGGAGUAAACAUGGUUGAUUUUUUUUUUUCUGGUUUUAAGAAUUUUGUUGGAUAAAUUCUAAAACAGAAGCUUCGAACAGGCUAUCAAAUAAUUUACAUAAAUGUUUUGUUUUUACGGAAGUCACAGAAAAAGCGAGAGGGAAAAUAAAUCGCAAGUUUUGUUAAUGCUGACAGACUGACUUAAGUUAAUGCCAUGAUAAUAAAAUGUGUUUUUGAUUUCCACACAGUGGCUUCUCAGUGCUUUUUUCCCCCAGUGAAGUGUGGUAAAGCCAUGGUAACUAGUUCUGUUCGACCACCAUGCAACCAUGCUGUUUUGAUUCUUUAUUUUUGAAGGAAAGAAUUCAUUCAUGCCAACAUUACAGCUGUCGUUCAAGAGCUAUAUGAGACUGUCAUAAUGGCAACAGUUCAUGUUUUAUUUUUUAUGUUCACGGUUCUGAGAUUGAAUGGAGCUGAAGGACAUGCACUAAAAUAUAAAAUGUCCCAUUGCAGGUGUUUAAUAGAAAAAUGCAUUUGGCUACAAAAGACUAUAUACUUUGUAUUCAAGAGGCUGACAUGCGAGACUUUUUGUUUAAAAGUUGAAAACUGAGUGGAUUUGACUGCAUAAAAGAUUAAAAGAGA